GCACACUAUUCACGUUGACUCAUUUCAGACUACAUCCCAACUUGAUGUUAUGCUGCGAAUGUUUCAGUCAGGCCGAGGAUCACGCUUGGAAGUUUCCGUUACCAAUGAGCUUUCAAGCUCUUUAAAUGGCACGUAAUCUACUUGGAUUCUCAUCUUUCUCGCUGCAAGCAUGGCCGAGCUCAUUUUUCCUAACAUACCCGAUUCAUCUAAUGUAUCAUUUCAAACCGCCUAUACUUAUCAACCCGAGGAGAACAGCAAGGAGGGUGGCUCUAGUACCACUCUCGACAACAAGUCCAACCUACAGACAUUUCUAGUCCUCUUCGAUGAGGACGACUCAGCCAAUCCAAAGAACUGGUCUGUUGCUAAAAAGUGGUACCUCACCAUCGCUGCCGCUCUCCUGGUCGUCAAUGCCACCUUCUCGAGUAGUGCUCCAUCUAGUCUAGCACCCACUUUCAUGGAGGAAUUUGGAAUAUCCCAGGAGGUCGCAACAUUGCCUGUUUCGCUUUUCGUGUGUGGUUACUGUGUUGGCCCUUUGGUUUGGGCACCGUUAUCGGAACAGUAUGGACGACGCCCAAUAUUUAUUAUAUCUUUCAUUGUAUAUUUGUGUUUCCAAAUUGGAUGUGCCUUGUCGCAGAACAUCGCAUCCAUUUUGAUUUUCCGUUUCCUUGGGGGUACAUUUGCAGCUGCUCCUCUAGCAAAUUCAGGCGCACUCAUUGCAGAUAUCUGGGACGCAAAACAACGCGGCACUGCCCUGGCGGUUUUCAGUGUGGCUCCGUUUGCUGGACCAGGUCUUGCACCAACAGUAGCGGGAUACCUUGUUGUGGCUGGUGUAUCAUGGCGCUGGCUUUUUUGGAUAUUGACUAUCCUUGCCGGCAUAUUCUGGUUGCAGAUUAUUUUCACGAUUCCCGAGACGUAUGGUCCAGUCCUUCUUGUCAAGAAAGCUAAAGAGCUCCGGAAGCGCACUGGAGACGAGAGAUUUUUUGCUGCCAUUGAAUUACAAAAAGUAACGUUCUCACAACGCAUCGAAAGCAUUCUUGGUCGGCCUUUCAAAAUUCUCUUCAAGGAGCCGAUGAUGAUUGCUAUAACUCUGUACAUGAGCUUUGUUUAUGGUUGCAUAUACCUGCUUUUCGAGGCCUAUCCUGUGGUUUUCACUCAGGGGCACAACUUGAAUGCAGGUGUUUCUGGACUCAUGUUCCUUCCGCUGCCCAUUGGCGCCGUUCUUGCGGGUCUAACGUACAUUUUCUUUUUUAACCCAAGUUACGAGCGCAAAGUUCAGGAAUGCGCACCGAACCCUGUGCCGCCAGAGUUCAGAUUGAGAGUGGCCAUGGUCUCGGCGCCAUUCUUUGUUGUAUCGUUCUUCUGGUUCGCAUGGACGUCAUUUCCUAGCAUUUCGAUAUGGGCCCCGAUGCUGUCGGGUGGAUUGCUCGGAUGGAGUAUUUGCUUGAUAUUUCUUGCCCUGAUUAACUACGCGGUCGAUGCGUAUUUGGCUGUCGCUGCCUCGGCGCUAGCUAUAACUACUGUCAUUCGCAGUCUGUUCGGCGCUGGAUUUCCUCUCUUCGCCACUCAGAUGUACGAUAAGCUUGGUCCCGAAUGGGCUUCGUCACUACUUGGUUUCAUCGCUCUGGCUAUGAUGCCAAUCCCCUUUGUCUUGUCAAGAUAUGGACAUGUAUUGAGAUUGAAGUCGAAUUAUGCACCUUCCGGACCCCUACCUUCAAGCUCCCAUGCAUAAAUUUUUUCAUGAUAUCGUAGACACCUAUAUUUAUUUAUUUAUGUAUGAAUAAUAGUUGGCCGUGGAUAGUGUAAUCGAAGGUGUCGAGAAUGUAUCUGCUAGCCACGUCGGACCUCUCUAGUCACGGUUUCCCAUAAAUGGACUAGUCAAUGUUUGCUGAGCUUCGGACUGGAAAAUCCAACUAUAGCCAGAGCAGAAAAGCUAUGCGACCUACA